AUGGCCGACGUGACCCCCACCGACGACAAUUGCCUCAACUGCAAUAAGAGCAGGGCCGAGCUAGACUCGCUCAAGCAAUGCAGCAAGUGCAAGUCUGCACGCUACUGCUCUCGCGACUGCCAGAAAGCAGACUGGAAGCAUCACAAGAAGGAUUGCGCAAGACUCGCCCAAGCAGCAGCCGAGACCCAACCCGCCGGAAGCAACACUAGUGGCAGCGAUACCGGCACGCAAGCUCUCGACUUCAAAAUGGACAAACCAUUCCACCAACUUCACGCGAAGAAAUGGCUUCACGGCCGCCCUGAACAGGACGUUUACAAGCUUCUUAUCGACACAUACCGUCUUCGCAUGGAGGAUAAAUACAGCCUUGAAGGAGACGUGGCCUCGGAUAGCAUCUACAGCGGUGUGUCUAGUGGCGUACCAGGCUUCCGACGAUUCUUGCGACUAGUUGAGGGUAAAAGGGAACUGUUGCCUGAGUGGUGGUCUCCUGCCAAGUCCCAGGCAUGUGUAGCCUUUGCUUCUGGGCAGCACAAUGACUACAAUGUGGACCACGCUGUUGAGAAAUCGGAUAUUAUUCAACAAUAUGGGGAUCCAAAGAUGCCUAUGCAGCUGCGUAUGCUUGGUGAGCAGAUCUACGGGAGUGGUCCAGGAGGACAGCCGGGGGCGGGUAUGAUGCAGAUGCAGAUGCUAGCUGAGGGAAGUGAUGGAAGUAUGAAAAUGUCAACUCUCGACGUCAGUCAGUUUUUGGGAGGGGGACGUUGA